AUGGUCCCCAGUGCUUUCAAUACCAUUACCACAGCAAUUGACCAGCUCUCAGGGAACACACUCUUGCAAUCCAGCACUGUUAUGGUCAUCGAUGACGAGCCGACCAUCCUUGCGGUUGUCGGCAAGUACCUCAAAGAGGCUGGCAUUUCGAGGAUUGUCACCUGUACCGAUCCAUCGAUGGCCUUAGAGCAUAUCGCCCAGGUCCAGCCGGACGUCAUUCUACUAGAUAUCCUAAUGCCUGAGGUUGAUGGCAUUACCAUCCUCCGGAGUAUUCGCGGGGACCGUGACACCCGCACACUGCCGGUCAUCAUCCUGACAGCAGACACUGACCACGAAACCAGUCUUGAGGCGUUCGAGUGUGGCGCGACCGAUUGCUUGCAUAAGCCAGUCGACUCCGUUGAGUUGGUCCCCAGAGUACGCAACGCACUAAGAAUUAAACAACAGCAGGACGAGAUCCGUCAUUACACGGCCACUCUUGAGGAACAAGUUAACGCGAAGACCGCGGAACUCCAGCAGGCGCAAAGCGAGCUGAUCUACUGCCUAGCCAAGGUUGGAGAAUAUCGGGACAACGAGACUGGCAGGCACGCAAUGCGGGUCGGCCAGUUUUCGGGCAUAAUUGCGAGAGAAUUGGGAAUCGACCAAGAGUUAGCUGAUUACAUCGAGCGCACUGCCCCGCUUCACGACAUCGGCAAGAUCGGGAUCCCCGAUGCCAUUCUUCUGAAACCCGGAAAGCUAUCGGCUGAAGAGUACGAAUACAUGCAGACUCACGUCCGCAUUGGCAAGAAUGCGCUUGACUCGAGCCCUAAGGCCGAUCUGCGACACAUUCGCGAUCACGCCCGACUGGGAUCGCUCAUUCUGGGUGGAUGUCGGUCGAAACUCAUCGAAGUGGCCUGUUCCAUCUCACUAACGCAUCAUGAGCAUUGGGACGGUUCAGGGUAUCCACUCGCCCUUGCUGGUGAAGACAUUCCGAUCGAAGGACGGAUUGUGGCCGUGGCCGACGUUUUCGACGCGCUGAGCACCAAGCGCCCAUACAAGCCUGCUUACCCGUUCGACAAGUGCAUUGCCAUUAUGGAAGAUGAACGCGGUAAGCACUUCGACCCCUGGGUCCUUGACGCCUUUCUGCGUCGGCGUGACGACAUCCUCAAAGUCCAGAUGGAGUACGAGGUCUUGCAGGAGGCCGACCGAGGCCGCAGGCGGGCGGAGCCGGGACGGAAGCAGAUGCCGACGGCCUGGAGCCGUACCUGCAAGGAGUAUCGUGGCACGGUCACGAAGUGGCUCGCGUGGGGAAGAGGUCCCGAUGUCGAUCAAAUUGGACGAGCCGACAUCCGCGAUUUCCUCGACUGGGUCCACGAAAAAGCUGCCGCCGACGGCGGGUCUAAUGCCGGCCGCACGGCCAACAAAUCCCGGGAGAAUCUAAGAGCGAUCUUGUCGUGGGCCUGGGAGCAGGACUUCCUAGAGAAACUACCGCGGUUUCCAAAGCCUAAGCCGCAGCGUGACGUCGCCGGACGGCACUACCUCACGAAGGCGGACUUGAAUGCGCUCUACUUUGCCACGUACGAACUGGAGCGUCCAAGAGGAUGGAGACACUCGCUGACGGUCGGCCACUAUUGGCGAGCGGCCUUGGUCGUGUUCUUCAACUAUGGGGUGGACACCGGGACGGUCUUCAAGACUGCCGCAUUCCAUGAGCCCAUUCUGUGGCGGCACGUGUGCUGGCGACCCGAACCACCAAACGGCCAAGGCAAAGCCUCUCGCUACGGUUGGCUGUACUACCGCCGUGUGAAGACAAAGAAGCAAUUCUAUCGUCCUAUGAGUCGGGUUGUGCAGGUGCAUCUCAAGAGCUUUUAUUCCGAUAUGAUCGAGCCGGACCAACCGGUUUUUCAUUGCGGCAGUUCACGUCCGAACGCGCAGUUUCAACAGCUCUGCGCUUUGGCCGGAGUCAAGCCGAAGCAAGACGUGGAAACAGGUGAAGAGAAGCCCUGGGUCCUAAAGGAUCUGCGGAAAACGUGCGCGACCUACUACGACGAGCACAUGCCGGAGUCGUCCAUCGAGAUUCUGGGGCACUCCGUGGGCGGCGUGACGUACCGGCACUACGCUCACCGUGAUCCGCUGGCCUACAAGGCGAUCAUGUCGAUGCCCCAGCCGACGGCGUUUACCGCGUUGGUGCACGGGUUUGACGGUGAGUGUCCGUGCUGUCGGCGAAAGUUCAGGCAAGCAUAG